UCGAGCCCAACUGCGUCUCCCAAUCGUCUCGCACGUACGGUCUCUGCCUCUCGGGCGCCUCGACCUCGCCGCUGCACGGACGCCGGAGCCGACGCUGAAGCCGACGAAGGGAUGACGGUGUUCCACUUCCUCAACUGUGCCUUCCUCACCUUCGGCCCCCACGUCGUCUACUACUCCGCCACCCCCCUGUCAGAGUAUGAUACGAUUGGGACUUCUGUAAAAGCGGCUGCUGUUUAUCUUGGAACUGCACUUGUAAAGCUUGUUUGCUUAGCAACAUUUCUCAAAGUACCUGAGAAUGAUAGCUUUGAUCCCUAUCAGGAGUUAAUGAAAAUUUUUAUUGGGUUCAUAGAUGUAGCUGGACUAUAUUUUGCUUUGACACAGUUAACUCACAGAAACAUCUCUCAGAAUCAUAAGUUCCAGGCUGUUGGUCUUGGUUGGGCUUUUGCUGAUUCAGUUCUGCACCGGCUGGCGCCUCUGUGGAUUGGGGCAAGAGGGCUUGAAUUUACAUGGGAGUACAUAUUUCAAGGACUUGAAGCAAAUGCCAAUCUUGUGAUGACUCUCUCCCUCGCUGCAUUAGGGUCCUUGAUGUGGCUCAGGAAGAACAAACCUAGGACUUUGGUUCCAAUAAUUUAUGCAUGUGCUCUGCUCUUGGCAACAAUGCCAUCUAUCACCAGUUAUUUGAGGAGAUCAUUAGAGUGGCAGACUCCAAAGGUUGUCAGCUUCGAGCUAUUUUCCUCACUGGUUAUGGCUUUCAUCAGCUGGCAGCUUUUCUCGGCUUGUCAGAGACCCAUGUAAUGUAUGGACCAAAGCACAGGCAAUUUUACCCCAAAAUUUGACGCUCUUGAAGAUGCUUCUUGUUGUACUCGAGAAGAAUUAGGUGCGCCUUUGGGCCCUUUUCACUAAAACUUUUCUUGGUGUUCAAUUUCAGAACAUUUUACUUAGAAUCAUCAGUUGUGAGCAGAAACCAUGCCUCUAAUGAGUGAUUCUGUAACAGAGGCUCUUCUGGGCGUUGAGCUGAAACUAUUUAUUUA